UGUCCGAAUUUCGAAGCUAUAGCUGAAACGAGACACACAUGUAUAGGCUGCUGUAUACUUCCUCGAUGGCUCUGCCGAACUGUGUGUAAAUAAAAGUAUCCCUUUUCCAGGCAGAAAUCAUCAGUUCUCUGUCAACCUUCGUGUCGAUGCAUUCUAUCCUCGAUUCGGCUUGUUUUCGUGCGUUACAUCAGUUCACGGAUUCGAAAUACUCUCCUUAUAUUGGUCGCGGAAUUUUACAGUCGUUUUUUUGUCCGCAAUGGCUGCGUAUCAGUCGCCGGUUCGCAGAUUUUCGGCGGAUUUUUUAUCCGACAAGGAAAACACGCCGAGCAAGGAAGUGAAUCGGCUGAAAAGUUUGCUGAAAACCCAAACGCGAGUCGCCGAUACAUCAACGAACAGUGAUGCUGAUGCUUGUCCAAUUCACCAAAAGGAUCGAGAUGACAAAGUGAUAGUGAAAUUGAAAGACGGGACUAUAAUAAAGCUGUGCAAAUCUUGUGCUACGUCGAAGUCGAUUGAGGAUAAUUGUAAGAAGCCGACGACAAGGCAGCGAAAACCGAGAACUAAGGCUGAUAAAGAAACGAAAGCUAGUGACGAAAAGGCCACAAACAAAAACGCGAGAUUAGAGAAUAGUGUUGAAAAUGAAAAGAUUGUAUCCAAACCAAAAGCUACAAAAUCAGCAAGAACUACUAAAAAUAAAGCAAACACGACAGCAAGCAAAGCGCUCAUUGAAAAAAAUAUAAACGUUCACGAACAGCAAGUGGAUGCAAAUCAAGAAGCUAAUCAAGCAGUAAAGAAAACAGCUGCAAAACCCAAACGCGCGACAAAGAAGGCUCAAGAACCAGAGGAUACAACAAAAACACGAGAUGAAAUUAAUAAUACUGCCAAUGAAAAUUUGUCAAUAACCACGUCAGCAAAUAUUACGACUGAUGCAAGUUUACAUGAAACACAAGAUACGAGUGGGAAUGACGAUGGCAAUCUGGAGAAGCCUGUAAAAAAGACUCGACAGCGAAAGGGAAAAAAAAAUUCUGAGAACGUUGAUAAGGGCCAAGACCAGCUGAAUGAUAAACUUGAAAAGGAUAAUACCAUGGACAAUAACAAUAGCCAAUUUAGAGACGAUCAUAACAAAUCAGACAGGAUCAACAAUACCUUGGAAACCAGUACUAAAGCCAAAAAAGGGAAAAGAAAUAAUGUUAACACUCUACAAAAACAAGGAAAACUGAACAACUCCGUAGAACAAGUUAAUACUAAUUUAAUUAAGGAGACAGAAGAACCCAGUGGUAGUACUGUUGCGGGCCAGAUCAACAAUAUCUCGACUCAUGACUGCUCAUUUCAUGAUAUGGAGAGCCAUAGUACCUCUUUGGAAGAUAACCAUCAUGGCAAUAUGAGCAUUCAUCAGAACGAGACAAUAAAAAAUAAUCAACCCACGCAAGGUAAUGUUCAAGCCAGUGAUAAUCACGAUAAAUCGGACACUACCAAUAAUAUCGCCGAAGAGAACGUGACUAAAAGACACGGAGGAAAAAAAAAUAAAAAGGAGACUGCAGAUGGAAAGAAGAAAGUGAUGAACGAUUAUAUAAAAAAAGAUCCAGCAGAACAACCCGGUAAUAGUACGAUUGAAGAACGGAAUGAUAACGUCUCGACUGACGAUCCCUCGUUCAAUAAUAUGCAGGUGCACAGCACUUCUCUAGAAGAUAAUAUUCAUAAAGAUGAAACCUUAAAAAUUAAUCAGCUUAUGCUACGAAGCAGCUUUGUGAGCGUUAAAAAAGAACCAAUUGAUGAUGCUGAAAGCAGUGUUAAAAACCAGGCGAAUAUGUUCGAGAGUCCGAAAAAACCAUCAAAAUACCAAUUGGUCGUUAAAGCACCCCUUGAAUCGCCGAAAAAGAAAUGUAAAUCGAAGAAAAUGGAACAAUCAGGCGCGGAAGAGUCGUGUUCGUUCAAAAAAGGAAAAGCUGAGGAGAAGGAAACGCUGAAGGAAAGCUGUAAGCUACAGAAGAAAAAAUCUUCUCAGAGUAAGAAAAAGAUGGAUCGAAAGAGCAGAACCGUCGUAAAAGUUGCCAAAGCCAUGGAAAAGAUGAGCAAGUACUACGCCAAAUAUAAAUUGGGCAAACUAGUCACAGAAAGUGACUUGAGUACGACCGAAUCAGAGUCAAGUAGCAGUGAAUGUUCAUCGUCUUGCUCGUGCUAUUCCGAGACUUCCAGCGGCGACGACUGUAGGUGCUGGAAUUGCCUCAUGCGGGACAGUUCCGACGACAGUUCUUCGACCGAAACAUCUGACGAUGAAUCCGACAAAUCAGACACGAGUGACAGCUCAUCAUCGUCAUCAUCAUCUGGAACUUGCAAAUACGAAAAUAAUAAGCGAAGAGCUUGCAAGCGAUACAAUUUGAGAAGGCAUUGACUCGUGGUGAUCAAAAUGAAGUUUAGACGGUUUGAGCAAGAGGUUGAUCCUCGUGUGUUAUUUUUAAAGCUUUAUAAUUUAUUCAAUGUAUCAUUCGUAGUGAAAGUGCGAGAAUUGACGUAUAUUUUAAUGCGUGUUUUUUUAAUGUAAUAAGUGAUGUCUGUUGACCAGAAAUUUGAAACGAUAUUUGAAUUGCAAUGCAAAAUUAAAAAAAAAUAAAGCGUUAUUUAUAAGAUCUUCGCCAUGUUUACUAAUAUUCAAAAUAAAUAGAUUUUUCUAAAUUUCGA